AGCGGCCCAACACACCCUCGCCCCCUGUCCUCCUGGGACUGGGGCCAUCUGACAUGUGUCCGAUUGCCCGUGUUUCUUUGGGGUUCUCCGUCCGCUUCCUGGCAUAUCAGCCUCUCCAGGGCUCGGUGGUGUGUCCGUGUGUCGCCACACGGGGUGUUUGGCAAGUACAGGCAGUGCUGGCGGCCAGUGUCCGGGACGUGGACAGCGGGCUGCUGUCCAGGCAUGACGUGGGCGUCUGUGGUGUUGCUGUAGGAUACCCCCUGGACACAGUGAAGGUCAGGAUCCAGACAGAGCGGAAGUACACGGGCAUCUGGCACUGCAUCCGGGACACCUACCGCCAGGAGCGGGUGUGGGGCUUCUACCGGGGCCUCUCCCUGCCCGUGUGCACAGUGUCCCUGGUGUCGUCUGUGUCUUUUGGCACCUACCACCACUGCCUGGCGCACAUCUGCCGCUUCCGGUAUGGCAGCACCGACGCCAAGCCCGCCAAGGCCGACAUCACGCUCUCGGGAUGCGCCUCCGGCCUUGUCCGGGUGUUCCUGACAUCACCCACGGAGGUGGCCAAGAUCCGCCUGCAAACGCAGAGCCAGCCGCAGACCCAGCAGUGGCGGCCUUCGGCCUCGUGGCCUUCAGCGGCUCCCCCCGUGUGUCCCGCACCCCCUGCUGGGCUGGUGUCUGGGCCCAAGUACCGUGGGCCACUGCACUGUCUGGCCACCGUGGCGCGUGAGGAGGGCCUUCGGGGCCUUUACAAGGGCAGCUCGGCCCUGCUUCUCCGGGAAGGCCACUCCUUCGCCACCUACUUCCUGUCCUAUGCCAUCCUCUGUGAGUGGCUCACCCCCGCGGGUCACAGCCAGCCAGAUGUCCUGGGUGUGCUGGUGGCUGGAGGCUGUGCGGGGACUCUGGCCUGGGCUGUGGCCACCCCCAUGGACGUGAUCAAGUCACGCCUGCAGGCAGAUGGGCAGGGCCAGCAGCGCUACCGGGGCCUCUUGCACUGCGUGGUGACCAGCGUGCGGGAGGAGGGGCCCAGGGUGCUCUUCAAGGGGCUGGCACUCAACUGUGGCCGUGCCUUCCCCGUCAACAUGGUGGUCUUCGUGGCCUACGAGGCUGUCCUGAGGCUCACCCGGGGCCUGCUCACCUAACGGCUGGUGGCGGCCUGCUAGCAGCUGCUGGAGGAAGCAGAGGACUCCGUGAGUGGGCUCGAGACCCCACAGGGCUGGCACUGGGCAGUGGGGCCCUCCCUGCAGUGACUCAGCUGAGGCCUGAGCGAGGCCUGCCCGGCUACGGACCACAAGGUCAAGGGCCUGCCUUGCCGUUCACUCAGGGUCGACCCAAAGGCCACAUGAGGCAUGCGUCACAAGCGGUUCAUUCUUGCUCCUGUAGUCUCCCUCACCCCCUACCCCCAAGUCUUCGCAGAACCCCCUCUAUUGGUCCCUCCUCCGCCACUCCUCAGGUAGGCUCUGCUGGUGACACACUGGCACUGAGGCCGAGGUGGCUGUCUCCAGGCCUGGCUUGCUCACUGACAGGAUGGUGCUCCCGCCUGAGGUUUGGUCCUGGCGGGGGCCCAGGCCCCCCCCCCCAAUCCUGCUGGCUGCUGUCUUACAUCCCCACUCUCCCUGUGCACACUGUCCCGAAGACUUGGUUGGGAGCUGUUGUCAAUAAAAUGUUUGCUGGUGCUCAGUGGUGCUCUCUGUGGUCCGUGGGGCUGCUGGCCCGUCUGCCUGUC